AUGGGGGUGGACCAGAUUCUAAUCACGGAUGGUGAAAUGUCAAGGUUGAAUCAAUCUGCAAAUGGAGGGUUUGCAGAUGGCUUCAGACAUAAUGGAUAUAAUAAAGGUUCUAUUGAUCACUGCAAAACUGAGAAAGAAGAAGGAGAGCUAUCACCAACUGGUGAUUUUGAAGACAAUUUUGCCACAUAUGCGGCUGGCAGUUUACAACCCGCUCGUAACAAAAAUCAGCGCAAUGACAGCAUGCAAUAUGAAACUGGUGGCCAUGAAGAGAUUUCUCCAGAUGCUGCUGGUGAAAAUGAUGCAGAAGCAGAUGCAGAUGACGAGGACAGUGAAAAUGUCUCUGAGGCUGGUGAAGAUGUUUCAGGAAGUGAGUCUGCUGCUGAUGAGUGCUCCCGGGAAGAGCAUGAGGAAGAGGAAGAUGGAGAACAUGAUGGUAAAGCUGAGAGCGAAGGUGAGGCUGAAAAUAUGAAUGAAACUCACUGUGUUGGAGGAGAUGGUGUAUCAGUGCCACAGUCUGAUCAUUUCCUACUGACUUGUAAGCCUCUGUCAAAGUAUGUGGCUUCUCCUCUACUAAGUGAUGGGAAAAAGGAUCGACGUAUUUUUUAUGGGAACGAUGCCUUUUAUGUGCUUUUUAGGCUGCACCAGACACUAUAUGAGAGGAUAUUAUCAGCUAAGGUGAACUCAGCUUCUACUGAAUCGAAAUGGAGAAGCUCAAAGGACACAUGCUCUGACCCCUAUGCAAGAUUCACGAGUGCACUGUUUAGUUUGCUUGAUGGAUCUUCUGAUAAUGCAAAAUUUGAGGAUGAUUGUCGAUCACUACUUGGAAAUCAGUCAUAUGUGCUAUUUACAUUGGAUAAGCUGAUAUAUAAGUUAGUCAAACAGCUCCAAACUAUUUCCAGUGACGAGGUGGACUUCAAGCUGCUUCAAUUGUACGAGUACGAAAAAUCUCGAAAACCUGAGAAUUAUGUUGAUUUGGUUUAUUACGAAAAUGUUCAUGUCCUUCUGAACGAUGAGAAUAUAUACCGGCUUGAAUGUACAUCUUUCCCCACCUCUUUGUCUAUCCAAUUAAUGGAUGAUGGAAAUGAGAAGUCUGAAGUUGUUGCUGUUUCAAUGGACCCUAACUUUGCAAAUUAUCUCCAUAAUGAUUAUCUUCCAGUUGUUCCUGGACGAAAGGAGUCAUCUCCGGUUAUGCUGAAGAGGUAUUAA